AUGCUGCACCUUGUGCUUGGUGACAGUGAAAUGAGAAACUGUGGUCUGAUUCACAGUGUUCAAUUGAUUCAGGUGAACGCCACAAGCAAGGACGGAAAGUGCAAAGGAAUUUGUACCAUUGAGAAUAUCCUCGCAUACAGGAAUGUUAACUUUUGGCUCGCAUUGGAUUUGACUCCAGAUGUGCUAUGCUCGGUAGGAGGUGGUGAAGCUUUUCAGGAAGUCCGCACCGAGUGCAAUUGCAUCAUCCUUCGAAAGGAAACUUGGGUUUAUUGUCCGGCUCCUUUGGUUAAAUUGCUUACAAGUUACAAACCUUAUGUGAAGGGGAGAAAUUAG